AACUUGCUGUCUUAACAUCUCUCUCUCUCUCUGAAAAAAUCUCACACAUUUCCCGAGAAAAUCUGACCGGAACUAGCUACAUAUAAUUAUGAGUUGCCGGCGAAGCUCUCCGGCAGCCAUGUGUACAGUUUCUGUAGCUGCUGUGUCAUUCGUGCUGCUUGGUUUUUUAUUCUCUGUUGUUUCAGCUCAGGGAUCUACUCCUCCUCCCUUGCCAACGCUGAGCGGAAAUCCAUCUUUGGUUAUAGCACGUGGCGGGUUUUCCGGAAUAUUUCCAGAUUCUAGCUCGAUUGCUUAUCAAUUUGCAUUGAUGACUAGCGUGCCUGAUGUGAUUCUAUGGUGUGAUGUUCAGUUAACUAAAGAUGGAGUUGGAAUCUGUGCUCCUGAUAUUAAGCUUGAAAAUUCUACUGAUAUUUCACUAUCUACAAAAUUUAAGGAGAAUACUUACUUUGUUAAUGGAGUUUCAACCAAGGGAUGGUUUUCUAUCGAUUUCACUUUCAGUGACUUGCGUUCCGUCUUCUUGACACAAGGAAUUUAUUCUCGAUCUAAUAAGUUCGAUGGCAAUCAGUUUCAAAUUCAAUCUGUUGAGAAUGUAACUAGCUUAAAACCACCAGGCAUAUGGUUGAAUAUUCAGCAUGAUGCAUUCUACACGCAGCACAAUUUGAGCAUGAGAAGUUAUGUACUUUCCCUAUCUAAAAGAGUGGUAAUCAAUUACAUCUCAUCACCUGAGGUGGCUUUCUUGAGGGGUAUUGCUUCACGGUUCAAUCCUAAAACAACAAAGUUGGUCUUCCGAUUUCAAGGACCGAAUGAUAUUGAAUUUUCGACAAACCAAACUUAUGGUUCUUUGUUAAGGAAUUUAACGUUUAUCAAGACAUUUGCCUCUGGAAUUCUUAUUCCCAAGGGUUACAUUUGGCCUGUUGAUACAAAUCUUUACUUACAACCUCAUACUCCUGUUGUCCUGGAUGCCCACAAGGCGGGGCUAGAAGUUUUUGCAUCAGAGUUCUACAAUGAUGUCCCUUUUGCUUUCAAUUAUAGCUAUGAUCCAGUGUCUGAAUAUCUAUCUUUUGUUGACAAUGGUGAUUUCUCCGUCGAUGGUGUGCUGUCUGACUUCCCAAUCACUGCAUCAGGGGCAUUAGAUUGCUAUUUUCAGCUGGGCAAAAAUGCCACUAAACAAUCCGAUCUGUUGGUCAUCUCAAGAAAUGGUGCUAGUGGAGAUUACCCUGGUUGUACUAACUUGGCAUACCAGAAGGCUAUUUCAGACGGUGCAGAUGUUAUCGACUGUUCAGUUCAAAUGUCGAAGGAUGGAGUACCAUUUUGCCUAAGCUCCAUAAAUCUCAUUGACAGUACAACAAUUACUCAGUCCAACUACAGUAGCCUUGCUGUAAUAGUUCCAGAGCUUAAGAAAGGCAGCGGAAUAUAUACUUUUAGCUUGACAUGGAGCCAGAUUCAAAGCUUAACUCCUGCAAUAUCCAACCCUUUUGCAAACUAUGCACUGUUUCGGAAUCCAAAGUUCAGAAGUGCUGGGAAAAUUAUAUCUCUGUCUGAUUUCUUGACCCUCGCAAAGAAUGCUAGCACUCUCUCUGGUGUCUUGAUCAGUAUCGAGAAUGCAGCAUAUCUUAUAGAGAAGCAGCAAUUGCCUGUAACUGAUGCAGUCCUUAAAGUCUUGAGCGAUGCCGGUUAUGAGAAUCAGACUGCAAUAGAUGUUAUGAUUCAGUCCUCCAGUAGUGCCGUACUAAUGAAGUUGAAGGACAAAACUAAAUACAAGCUUGUAUACAAAGUUGAUGAGAAUAUUCGAGAUGCUCUGGAUGCGACCAUUCAAGAAAUCAAGAAAUUUGCCAAUUCUGUGGUUGUCAGCAAGGAUUCUGUAUUCCCUGAUGAUGUACUCUUCCUAAAAGGUUCUACAGAGGUUGUCCAGAAACUACAAGCAGCUGGGCUCCCUGUUUACGUAGAACUCUUCAGCAAUGAGUUUGUAUCUCAACCAUGGGACUUCUUCUCGGACCCAAGUGUGGAAGUCAACUCCUAUUUCAUGGGAGCCAAUAUAAGUGGUGUUAUUACAGACUUUCCGAAAACAUCAGAUAGAUAUAGAAGGAACAAAUGUUUGAAAUUGGGCAAGGACACACCUUCCUACAUGAGCCCUGUUCAACCAGGCGGUCUUUUGCAGCUAAUUACGCCUGAAUACUUGCCACCAGCUGAGGCUCCUAAUCCCGUGCUAACAGAAGCUGACGUGGAAGAGUCACCUCUGCCCUCCGUUACAGCUAGAGCUCCUUCGUCAAGCCCAGGUGGAAGUACAGCAGCUCCACCGCCAAAUGGGCAGCAUAGUAUAGCAGCAUGCAUCUUCCUGUCAAACCUAGCUAUUUUCUUCACCAUUGUUUUGCUGCUUUAAGACCAGAAAACAGGUGGCAUGUCUCAUUGUUGUAGGAUGAAGGAGAGAUUUUUGCAAAUAAUUUUGGUUAUUUAAAUGAAAAGUGAUGGCUGUGAAUUAUUUUUGUAUUGUUAUUAUGGUAGGUAUGUUCAUUCUUCCUCUUGUAUUUUUAGAGAACAAGUUCAAGACAAAUUGAUAAUCUGUUUCAUUUAUGUAACAUAUCUUUGUAUUCUUUGGUGUUUGUAUUAUUUAUGAGAGAAGUUGAGGGAUGGAUAGAUCAAUAUUUAUGUAACCAUGGAUUGAUACAUUGAGUAAGCUUCUUUCU